AAUCAUUAUGAAAAUCUAACCAUUUAUGGAUCAGCGGCUACUCCUUCGAUGUGAGAGUAUGCAUCAUCCGCACACCUGUAAUAGUUUCAAAUAUGUCAUAUAUUAAUUCCUAUAUAUCGCAAUCCCUAUUAACACUAAUUCAUAUUUAUGUUUUCCCACUUCAAAAAUAUGAUGACCAGAAAGUAAAGAAUUUACAAUGCGUGUAACUCUUUUGUUGACACGUUGUCGCCAACAGUAGAAGCACACCCUUCACGCCAACAUGACCACUUCCCUGGCCAUUAUCAUCGGGUCUCGAUGAGGAUCAGGAAUAUGUACGCAGAGCUGUGGGGCAUAUUGUACAAUGGAGGGUAGUGCUCCCCCUCCUAGGUGUCGUGCUGAGCGAAACAUGGCACAAGCAAGAUGCACCGUUGUCGCACUUUCUCUAUUCUUCAUCCCUCGCUCUCACCUCCCUAUCUUACCGAUGACAUCCAUGACAUCCAGAGUUGACGAAUAUCUUGAAGGUUAGCAAGUGCAUGCGAGCUUCAAAUAUCUUCUCUGUUAAGAAAUGUUUCUUUUUAAUAUUUCACUCACUUUUAAUUAGUAUACUCUCUCCGUCUUAAAAUAAGUGUCCCAACUUUGUAUCAAAUAUAGUAUUCCCUCCAUUUGUAAAUAUAAGUCUUUUAAAACUACAUACGGAGCAAAAUGAGUGAAUCUUUACUUUAAAAUAUGCCUAUAUAUAUCCACAUGUAGUCCGUAUUAAAAAAUUUAAAUACACUUAAAUUUAGAAACGAAGGGAGUAUAAAAUUGUGUAUAAAAUUGUAUUGAGAGACUUAUUUUAUAACAGAGGGAGUAUCUGAUAAUGUGGUGACAACUAACAACAUCAAGGAAUAGUCGGUGCUCUUCCGUAAAAUAAAUAAUCGAUGCUAGCACGCAUGCACCGAGUAGCUUCUAUGGUGUAGCCGGUACAACAUGAAGAAAAGCACCGACCGCCCACUGCUUGCCUUAUCCCAUCGCCACUCCUCUCCUUCUCUUAUCCAGAUCGCCAUCCCAGCGUGGUCCUCUUCCUCUUCUCCAUCCAACCCAGCCAGAAGCUUGAUCUGGCCGUUCGCCCCAGUCGCCGGUCCCGUGGGUCAGCAGCCUCGCCUCCACCCGAUUCAGUCGCGUCCUCCUUCCCAAGGCUUUCUCCGAUCUGCUAACCCACCACCCCACCACGCCUCGCUCUCUCUGCCCCCUCCUUCCCCACGCAGCGCCGAUGGGGCAGGGCCUCCGCGGCCGCCGGCGCCCUCUGCGACUCCUCUUCUCCAUGAUUCGCCCGCUAUUACUCCUCUCCUCCACGAUUCAUGGUGAUGUUGGGGUGGCAUCUUCUUCGAGCGGGAGGUGUGCCUCGUCCUCGCACAUGCCUGGCCGCGCCAUCGGAGCCCCCCGCAGUGUAGAGGCAGUGCUCCGCCACCCGAUGCUGUUCUUCGCGUCGUCCCGCGCUCCCAAAGCUGGGAACCGGCUCCCCGCCUCCAAGUUCUCGGCAUCGACGUCCCGUGCUGCCUGCAUCCUCGCCAAGCCCGACUCGCAGCCGUGUAGCCCGAGCUCGCCAAGGCGCUUCAACUCCGCCGCCGCGCCAUCUUCUUCAGGCGCUCGAGCACGAGCACAAGCUCGCCCGCGCCCCACCUCUCUCUGCCGCUCCGUCCGCCGCCCGCGGUGCCGUGACCCGCCACUGCCGUGCCCUGCAUCACUCUGUAGCCGCGCCACCUGGGUUGAUGCGGUCAGCGCUCCCAAGCCGUUGACCCCGCGCCAGGGGACGACUAUUUCCUCCCAUGCGUGCGCGCCCGUGCUCCAGCCCUCCCCUCCCCAUGCUGCCGGCACACUCGCGUCGCGGGGCCGUAUCCAGCCUGUGCCUGGACGACGGAAGCCCCCCCACUGUCCGUGCGCUCCGGUCAGCUCCCUGUCGCGCUCGAGACCUCCUCGAGUCUUCCCGCCGAGGCCUUCCCGGUGACCAGCCUUUGACUUGGUUCUCCUGUCCGCCUCGGCGCCGACGCCCGCCACGACGCCGGCGGCAAGCGGCGGCGCGUGCCCGGCGAUGGAGAACGGCAGGAUAAGCGGUGAGAGGCGCGGUGGUGAGCCAGUCCAAUAAGAGAUAAGGGUUGCGGGCAUAGUUUCUAACAAAUUUAGGGGGUUUUACGCAAAAACGAAACGUUUUUCCAAAGUGCCACUUAAACAGGGACUGCGUGUUAAUUUCAAAGAAACAGAGGGGCUUUUUCGCAAAAACGCCGACGAGUACGACCAGAAGCACUCCGUGCUUUAUUAGUAGGGAAAGAUAUAUAAUAAUAAAAUAAUAAUAAUAAUAUAGGGAGAGAAGAGUGAAUUGAAAGUAAACCGAACUGUCGUUUGUAUAAUCAUGGCAAUGUUAGGGAGGAUGUGAGAUGGAGCGUUGUGUCUACCGAAUAUGAAAAUGGGAGUAGUACGCUCAAAAAAUUAUACAGUUCAAACCCUCUUGUGGUGGUAUUCUCGCUCUUGGUGUAGGUUACAAAGUGAGAGAGUUCAACUUUUAGCCCAGUGUAGACCUGGCCAUGGGGAGCCCGGCCCGCCCCUCGGGCCAGGCUGAGCCCGAACAUGCCAUCGGGCCAGGCUCGGGCCUGAAAAUCAAGCCUGAUGGGCAAAUUGGGCCGGACUCGGGCAUGUGAAAAAUUGAUUUUUAGCCGUGGUCGGGUCAGGCCGAGCGGGCCGUGUCGGGCUUUUCUAGGUUCGGGCCGGGCUUAGGCUUGGGUUUUCAGCACCGGGCUUUUUUUGGCCCGGCCCGAGAUAUGGCCAGGUAUAGCCCAGUGCCCUCCUCCCGGCUUAUAUAGAGUACGCUAGGAGGGGAUCAUGCCAGGCUAGUAUUAAUGCUAUAGAUGGUCGCAUGCACAACCGACUGUUCAUGGGUAUUACUAUUGCUAAUGAUCGUAUUUAACUAGAUAUACCACCGUUGGAUAACGGCAUCAUUUAAUGCCUCGUAGGGAUCAUAGGCGACCCCUGGCGCAGCCGAAUGCAAGGCAUCCAACUGCUGCCCAUGUUGUUGGAGACCGAUUGUCGGUGCUCGUUCAUCCGGGGGUGUAAAACCCGACCGUGGGCACUUAACUUGUUGGUGAGGAGCCCCUGGCUUAAUGAUUGUAACACUCACGAUGCGGCUAUAUCUUCCACGUGUCGGAGCACGACUUAAAGGCAUAACCGCAUAGUAAGCAUGUCGCAAGAGGGGUAAUCUUUACACAUCCCAU